GCGACGGCGGCGGCAGCGGCGGCGGCGGUUGCUAUUUGGAGCCGUUGAGACGCCUCUGCCGCAGCUGGUGGCGCGGGUGGCUUGCGUGGACGCGGGCAGAGGCGGCCGGCCCGCCACCGCAGCCUCAGCGCCCGCGGCCCCGGCAGGCGCGUCGGGACACCCCGAGGCAUCCUCCCCCUCCCGCCGCCGCGGGAGCCUCGGCUGCCGUCCGCCCUCCCGCAUCCCCUCGCAGUCCGCACCGCCACACCUCCUCCCUGUGCUCGGACCCCCGGCCUCGCCCCCGAAACAUGACUCGCGAUUUCAAACCUGGGGACCUCAUCUUCGCCAAGAUGAAAGGUUAUCCUCAUUGGCCAGCUCGAGUAGAUGAAGUUCCUGAUGGACCUGUAAAACCACCCACAAACAAACUACCCAUUUUCUUUUUUGGAACUCAUGAGACUGCUUUUUUAGGCCCAAAGGACAUAUUUCCUUACUCAGAAAAUAAGGAAAAGUACGGCAAACCAAAUAAACGAAAAGGCUUUAAUGAAGGUUUAUGGGAGAUAGAUAACAAUCCGAAAGUGACAUUUUCAAGUCAACAGGCAUCAACUAAACAAUCAAAUGCGUCAUCUGAUGUUGAAGUUGAAGAAAAAGAAACUAGUGUUUCAAAAGAAGAUACUGACCAUGAAGAAAAAGCCAGCAACGAGGAUGUGACUAAAGCAGUUGACAUAACCACUCCAAAAGCUGCCGGAAGAGGGAGAAAGAGAAAGGCAGAAAAACAAGUAGAAACCGAGGAGGCAGGAGUAGUGACUACAGCAACAGCAUCUGUUAAUCUAAAAGUGAGUCCUAAAAGAGGACGACCUGCAGCUACAGAAGUCAAGAUUCCAAAACCAAGAGGCAGACCCAAAAUGGUAAAACAGCCCUGUCCUUCGGAGAGUGACAUGGUAACUGAAGAAGACAAAAGUAAGAAAAAAGGGCAAGAGGAAAAACAACUUAAAAAGCAGCUUAAAAAGGAUGAAGAGGGCCAGAAGGAAGAAGAUAAGCCAAGAAAAGAGCCAGAUAAAAAAGAGGGGAAAAAAGAAGUUGAAUCAAAAAGGAAAAAUUUAGCUAAAACAGGGCUUACAUCAACCUCUGAUUCUGAAGAGGAAGGAGAUGAUCAAGAAGGUGAAAAGAAGAGAAAAGGUGGAAGAAACUUUCAGACUGCUCAUAGAAGGAAUAUGCUGAAAGGCCAACAUGAGAAAGAAGCAACAGAUAGAAAACGCAAGCAAGAGGAACAAAUGGAAACUGAGCACCAAACAACAUGUAAUCUACAGUAAUAAAAAAUAUAUCUCAUUUUGGGCUCAAAGCAUUAAUCCAGUUACUGAAAAGAGAAUACAAGUGGAGCAAACAAGAGAUGAAGAUCUUGAGACAGACUCAUUGGACUGAAUUUCCCCCUCCCCCCCCCUUGAUGGAAGAAUGUUCCAGAUUCUAAAUUGAGGACUUCAUUAAUGGCAUUAUUACUGUGUUAUGAUUGUUAAAAAACAUUUCCUGUAAGAUACACACUACAUAUUAAGGUCGGCCAUCAUUCCUGUUAAAAGAUUUUUACCAAGCUUAAAAUGAAGCUUUGUGUUUGAAAGUUAUAAUAAGCUCAGAUGAAGAUGGUGGUUGUACAUUAUUUCAUUUAGAAAAUAUAAAAAUUCAUUUUGUUUUGAAGCUAGGUGUUAAACUGGAGUAGCUACUAUACCCCCAGAGAAUGGGGCAGUUGUGCCCUUCCCUUGACAUUCUUUUGUUGUUCAGUUCUUUAGAAGAUUAAUAAUUGUUUUUUAAUCCUGAGAGAUUAAACAGUAGACUUGUUAAGAAAACAAAAAUGAAACUGUAACCAAAAUUUUAAAAUAAAGUUUUUUU